UUAGGGGUUUUUCCCUUUGAGUCCAAAAGUCAUAACAUGAUGUUUAAUGCAUUAAUGGUUGGACUAGCAAAGCGCAACCACCAAGUUGAUGUUAUCACGCACUUUCCGGCAAAAAAUCCACCACCAAACUUCAAACUGCUAAUAAAACUCAAUGGAACGUUUGACAAAGUUUCCAUCAACUCAGUUGUAGACAGAGAUCUAACUGCACACAUAGCCGAUUUACGUGGCAAUAAGAUGUGUGAACUGCUGGGUAUAGAAGAAAUACAGAAACUUAUCAAAAAUCCACCUCACGAUCCUCCUUAUGAUCUCCUGGUUACAGAGGUAUUCGGUGCCAAUUGCUUCUUAGGUCUUGGAUAUGUGCUCAACGUGCCAGUGGUUGCAGUAACUACAUCAGUUGAAUAUCCAUGGGUCGCUGACUUCAAUGGGAAUCACGACAACCUGGCUGUCGUGCCUAGUUAUUACACAACGAAUUUCGACAAAUUUAAAUUUUCGCAUCGUUUGUUUAAUUUCUUGAUGAGGAAAUAUUUAAGCCCAGACAUACCAAAUAUUCGCGAAGUUGAAAAGAGCAUCGCAUUACUUAUAGUCAACAGAAGUCCACUGAUUGAUGGCCCAAAGCCCGUGACUCCUUCAAUGAUCGAAGUAAGCGGACUACAUUUGGAAGAAAAUGAAAUACCACCAAUAACUCCCGAAUUGCAGAAAUGGUUAAAUGAAAGCGAAGAUGGUGUAGUUUGUUUUUCGUUUGGAUCGAUGGUAUUGAUCGAAACGUUACCGUUAAACUCCAUUAAAGCGCUUUUUGAAUCGUUUAAAAAAAUAUCACCAGUUCGAAUACUCAUGAAAAUUGUCGAUGAGUCAAAAUUACCACCUGGAUUACCGGAAAACGUGAAAACUCUUCCUUUGAUACCUCAACAAGCGGUCUUAGCUCACAAAAACGUUCGUAUUUUCCUUACACACGGAGGACUUAUGGGCUGUCAAGAAGCCUUAUAUUUUGGGGUUCCAAUGAUUGGUGUGCCGCUCUUUAGCGAUCAGCCACAAAAUUUAGAUAAAUUUGUAGCCAUGAAUAUGGCGAUUAAAAUUAAUUACAACAACUUGACAACGACAUCGCUGGAUGAAGCUUUAAACGCAGUAUUGUACGACCCCAAGUAUAGAGAGAACGCAAAGUAUUACGCAAAAGUUUUCAAGGACCGGCCAAUGAAGUCGAUGGAUAUGGCAACGUUUUGGAUAGAAUAUGUCAUUCGAAACGGAAACAUUAUGAAAUCACCAGCCCUCGAGCUAUCCUGGUGGCAACUGACUCUGCUCGACGUUUAUGGAUUUCUAUUAACGUGCCUAGCAAUAGCUUUUACUGUUUUGUAUCGCGUGACCCGUAGGUUAAUGAAGAAAGUUCCAGUUUUAUUGGCACAAUGGUCCUAA